AUGUUACAAGAGCUGGCCAAACUUGAUACAAAGACUAGGAAGUUCAUGACUAUGUACAAGACACACCACCCCAAAUCUGACGUGGACAGGCUGUACCUGCCCAGAACCGAAGAAGGUAAAUGUAGAGGGCUCAUACAACUGGAGCUUUCAUACAAGACGACCAUUAUUGGUCCUGAUAAAUACCUCCAGGAGUCGCAAGACACCCUCUUCCACUUUGUCAACCUGCAAUACCAGCUGCAGAGGAUGAGGUGAACACCACCUAUGCCUGCAGUACAAAGGCCAAGGCCAAACACCAGGGUCGCCAACUGCUCAGGUCCAAGUGGGAAUUAAAAGCGCUCCAAUGCAAAUACCCACAGCUGGUGAAACAGUCUGAAGUGGACCAAGACAAGACCCACAGAUGGCUUAAAGCAGCUGGCCUCAAGGUAGAAACCAAGGGCUUUAUCAUUGCAGCCCAAGAUCAAAGCCUCCCAACAUGCUCGUACCAACACAACAUCCUCAAGAAGCCUGACCUGGACCCAAAAUGCAGACUGUGGGGCUGUUUCGAUGAGAUCAUUGACCACCUGGUCUUUGGCUGCCCUGAA